AUGGCAGCUGAAAACCAGAAGCCCAAACCAGGAGGUAUCAGCUUUGAUGUGAUUCUGAAACCUGCCACAGUGGAGAGUGUGAGAUCCCCAUUGCAGCUGUCUCCAAAUGGUGUUAAAAAGAGAGAACUGUCGCAGGAACAGAUUGAAAAUAAGCUCAAGAGGGCUGAAGAACGUCGAAGUUUGAUUGAGCAGGAACGGAUGGAGCAGCUUGCUAAGGAGAGACAGAAAGCAAUUGAGGUUGUUACCAAGGCACAGAGCGAGAGCGAAGAGUUCAGUAAGAAAACUCAAGAAAAGCUUAGAAGAUCAAUGGAGAUUCGCAGGGAAAACCGGGAGACUCAGAUUAAAGCUCUGCAGGAGCGUCUCCGAGAACAUUCCCUUAAAGUACAAGAGGUUCAGAAAGCUGGGGAAGAGAUGGUAAAAUCAUUUGAGGCUAAAGUAGAGCAGAAACUGUCACAAAAGAUGGAAACUUAUGAAGUAAAUCGCCAGAAUCAGUUCAAGGGUAUGCUAUCCAAAUUGCAAGAACAUGCGAGUCACAUCAAUGAAGUGUGUCAGGCCAGUGAAAAUAGAGGACAGUCAACAGAUGAACUGCAGGAACAGCUUGUUCAGAAGAUGGAGAAUGCCCUGAGAAACCGAGAAGAGCAACUGAAAGGUUUGCAGGACAGACUGGCUGAACAUGAAAACCGCAUCAAGGAAGUUCAGAGAAAGAAACACAUUUCGGAGUCUGGGGACAAUACUGUCUAG